AUGGAGCAGCGCUUCACCUGGGCUUCAGCCCUCGUCCUGGUCCCGGGUCGGCCCGGCAGCCAGCGGCUCAUCCUCCGAAGGAUCCCAGCACAGACCUCCAGCAGCAGCAGCAGCAGCUCCACACCUGCCAGUCCCCCUGGCUGGACUGUAAGGUCACACACACUGUUUCCUUCCCACACUACCGAUGAGGCCUCGAAGGAGCAACACCGCAAGACCCUCAAUGAGGUGGUUAGAGCCUGUCCUCCUAAGAGGGUGCCCACUGUGGCUCCUGAAGCAGGCCCAUCAAAAACCCCAUGUAUCUCUUUUAAAUUGUGGUCUCAAGCUCUUGCAGGGUUCUCCCCAGAAGACGGUGUGGAAUCGAGGCCAGCUGUGAAGGUGCGGUCCCCCAGACCAGCUGUGGCCCCACGCGCUGCUCCACAGAGGUGCCCAUGGAGAGCAGCUGUGGCACCCAGUGCUGCUCCAGGACCUGGUUCUCUGAAAGCAGCUCUGGUACUUGAUACCUGUUUGCUUUAUUGUGGUUUGGUUAAUGCAAACCUUCAUUGUUUGCUUCACAUAUUUUUCUUUCUUGUACUUAUACUUUCCUUGAUUUAACUUUACUGAAAGAGACAGAGAAGAGAGCGGAGAAGAGGAAAGGACAGGAAAGCAGAGGAGAGGAGGAGGUGAAGGAGAGGAGGUGGGAGGGCCAAAGGUUUAAAACUGUCACAGGAACAGGUACAUAACAAUAUUUGUUUGCCAUUGUUUCACUUGUUUUUCAAGUCUUUUGUUUUUCUUUCUUUUUGCAUAUUUUACUUCAACUUUCCUUUUGUACAAUUUUCUUGUAGAAAGAGAGGAGAGAGAAGAUCUAGUUGGAAGAAAGGAGAGGAGAGGAAAGGAGAGGAGCUGA